AUGGAAUCAUUCAAAGUCAUCGUUGUAGGUGCCGGACCUGUCGGCUUGGUCCUCGCACACGCGCUGGAAGCUUCUGGUAUCGACUACGUCCUUGUCGAGCAAAGACGUCAAGUACCUCCCGAGCCAGCUUACGGUCUGUUUGUAUGGCCACAGAUUAUGCGUAUAAUGCAUCAACUGGGCCUUCUUGAUGUUAUCACAGCCGUUAGCCAGCCUAUGCUCGAGGCCAUUCACAGAUCGAUAGAUGGCAAUGUUAUGCAUCGGGAAGAAGGUUUUAGAAAGCUUGAAGUCAUGUUUGGAUAUCCAAUGUCGAUCUUCAGCCGUUUGGACUUUGCGUCGACAUUGUUAAAUGCGCUCCCCAACAAGGAGGAGCGCGUUAAAACGAGCAAGCGUCUCAGCAAAAUCAUACAAGACAAGAACGGUGUCAAAGUCGAGUUCACUGAUGGCACCUUUGAGGAGGGAUCAAUUGUUGUCGGUGCCGAUGGAGUGUGGAGCGGCGUAAGAGAUCAGAUGGUAGCCCAGGCUCCAAAAGGACUCUUUGACGAGUCUACAAACCCAUUCGAGGCAACACACGCCGGUGUCUUUGCGAAAGCGGAUCUCGCGCCAGGUCUUGAAAAGGGCAGAAAUAUCAAUGUCUACCAAGAAGACUCUCAUGUCCAAGUGUUUACAACAAAAGAUGAGGCUAUGAUUAUUGUAUAUCAUCGUAUCCCAGCGGAGAGAAAGAGGACGUACUUUGGACAGAAUGAUGCGGAAGAUGCCGCGAAACCUUGGUUGGAUGUUUAUGUUGGCGAGGGAUUGACAUUUGGCGAUUUAUGGAGGCAGAAGACUGCUGGUGGAACGGCGAAUUAUGACGAGGGUGUGUUACCGUGGUGGCACUGGGGAAGAAUGGUCUUGGUAGGAGACGCUGCUCACAAGAUGAACCCCAUCAGAGGAGCAGGAGCAUGUUGCGGCAUCGAAGACUCCAUCACGCUAGUCAACUCCCUCAAGCGAAUGCUGCGUUCCAAUCCAUCACCCCAAUACUUCGACCUUAGCCAAGCGUUCGUAGCAUAUCAAUACGAGCGCGAGGCAGCAGCCAAGUUAUGGAUGGAGAUUUCGCGACUGAACCUCGAGCUGUGUAUAGGUCCACACCAGCCCUCGCUGAAGACAGCCAGUAUCGCGGAUUUGAAGUUUAUGCCUCUGGUUGCGGAUGGACCGGUGUUGUAUGACGUGCCGUUCCCGGACCAAAAGAGUGGAAUGAUUCCCUGGACGAGGAAGGCAAAGGGAAAGAAGAGGGAUGAAGAGGUUCAUGCCAAGCUUUAG